GUUAGGUCAGAAAUUUUCUAUUUCACGCCUCACUUCAAGUUAACGACGCCUCUAUCAUCUCACUCACCCGCUCGUCUCACGCAGCCACCGGCGCUCAAUUGUAUCUCCUUCUCAGUCUCCGACUUUCAUCUCCUAUCGUCUCUCCUUCUCACAACUCUCCGAUCAUCGCUCGCGCUCGGCUCUCACUCACCGUUGCGUUUUGCUUAGGAGGAUGGGGAAGAAAUCAAAGGGAUCAAGGAAGGGGAAGAAGGCAUGGAGAGCUAACAUAAGCACUGCUGAAAUUGAAGAUUUCUUCGAGAAAUCCACUAAGGAUGCUCUCUCCGGUGGCUCUCUUUCUGCCCUUCCCAGCGAUUCUCUUUUCGUCGUCGACAAGUCUCAAGAUCUUUCAGUGAAGCGGAAAAUAGAAAAGAAACGGGACAAAGUCCUUUAUUGUGACAGCGUAUUGACCAAGAACCCGUUUGUCCAAGCUGUGCCUUCUUCAGUAAAUAAGAAAUCCAAGAAAAAACCGAAAGAGGCUUCCUCAGUUAAAGAUAUCUUUCAAGAGGAUCCCAAGGUUGGCAUGCUUGAUCUGUGGGGUGAUGAAGGUGAGGUUAGAAGCAAAAAAACCAGUAAGAAAUCAAAGCCAUCCAUUAUUCCAGCGGUAGAAGUUGAGCCCCCAGGAUGUUCGUUCAAUCCAUCUCAUGAGAGUCAUCAGGAUGUACUUGCCCAAGCUGUUGCACAAGAAAUGCAGAAAGUUUAUCGUAAAGAGCUGGCACCUGCGCCAGUUCCUUUAACAGUCCCAGGAGAAGUUAUUAGUGAAGAAGAUAUGUUGUUCUUGGAUGCUGAUAUCAACACUGAUGAUGAAACCAAUUUGGAUGAAAUGGAUCAGGAUGAAGAUAAUGAAUUAGAAAAAAGGCCUUUGAAGAUGAGAAGGGUAACUCGAGUUGAGUUGAAUAAGAGAGCUAGGCAUAAAGAAAAGGUCAGAAAGGAAGCCGAAGCAAAGAAGGUGGAAGGAGUUUCUAAAGAGAUUGACAGCUUGCCAGAUAUCAUUCAAGAAAUAGCCAAAGAGGACGAGGAGAGAGACAAUAGACGUAUCCGACGAACAAUAGCCAAACAGGAGAAAUUAAAGUCAUGCCCACCUCGCUUGGGGAAGCACAAGUUUGAGCCUGCUCCGGUUCAAGUUCUACUAUCAGAGGAAAUAACUGGGUCGCUUCGUAAGCUGAAGGGCUGCUGCACCCUUGUGAGGGACAGGUAUAAGAGCUUAGAGAAACGAGGAAUAAUUGCCCCUACUGCCAAGAGCAGAAGGAAAUAGGAUCUGAUCUGAUUUGUUUUGUUGUUGAACUUGAGGCACUAUACGGCAACGAAUCCGAUGAGAUUAGCGGUGAUAGUUAUAGUUUAAAGCAACAAGAUUGAACUAACACAUGUAUUAUCAUGGAAAGUCUUUGAGAUGUUUUUUUUCUUCUUUUGUAGUAAAGCAGCUUCUCUUGUUUCUAUUUCCUUUUAUAUUUAUGGUUUUAGUCCCUAAAUGAAGUAGUGAGGGAUUUGCCGAUUUGGUUCACAAUUUAGGCAAGUACUAUCAGAUAGAUGUAAGUUGAUUUAUGGCUCAUCUGUCAUUCAAUUUUGAAUUGCUAUUUCCUUUCAGAA